CUGUUCUCCGCUGAGGAGGAGCGGGGCAGAGGAGGGAGGCAAGCGGGUGAGAGUUCAGAGUUCAGCAGCAGCAGCCCGAGCCCAUGAUUCCCAUAUGCCCUGUAGUUUCUUUCACCUAUGUGCCCAGCCGGCUGGGGGAAGAUGCCAAAAUGGCGACCGGCAACUACUUUGGAUUCACCCACAGCGGGGCGGCGGCGGCGGCGGCUGCGGCCCAGUAUAGCCAACAACCGGCUUCGGGUGUAGCCUAUUCUCAUCCAACUACAGUUGCUAGCUACACUGUCCAUCAGGCUCCAGUAGCUGCUCACACAGUUACUGCUGCCUAUGCACCAGCAGCCGCUACAGUUGCAGUUGCCAGGCCUGCUCCGGUAGCUGUUGCAGCUGCUGCCACAGCUGCUGCCUAUGGAGGCUACCCCACUGCACACACAGCAACUGACUAUGGCUACACCCAGAGGCAACAAGAAGCACCACCACCUCCUCCCCCAGCUACUACACAGAACUACCAGGACUCUUAUUCAUAUGUAAGAUCCACAGCUCCUGCUGUAGCCUAUGAUAGUAAGCAGUACUACCAACAACCAACAGCCACUGCUGCUGCUGUAGCUGCCGCUGCCCAGCCUCAACCUUCUGUUGCUGAAACCUACUAUCAGACAGCCCCCAAAGCAGGUUAUAGCCAAGGUGCAACUCAGUAUACUCAAGCCCAGCAAACUCGACAGGUGACAGCCAUAAAGCCAGCCACACCAAGUCCAGCUACCACUACUUUCUCCAUUUAUCCUGUGUCCUCCACCGUACAGCCAGUAGCAGCUGCAGCCACUGUGGUGCCAUCCUAUACCCAGAGUGCUACUUACAGUACCACAGCAGUUACUUAUUCUGGUACAUCUUACUCGGGGUACGAAGCAGCAGUGUAUUCCGCUGCAUCCUCCUACUACCAACAGCAGCAGCAGCAACAGAAGCAGGCGGCGGCGGCAGCUGCUGCUGCUGCUGCAACAGCUGCCUGGACAGGGACCACGUUUACUAAAAAAACACCAUUCCAAAAUAAACAACUGAAACCAAAACAGCCUCCGAAACCACCCCAGAUUCAUUAUUGUGAUGUUUGUAAGAUCAGCUGUGCUGGACCACAGACUUACAAAGAACAUUUAGAAGGACAGAAGCAUAAAAAAAAAGAAGCUGCCUUGAAAGCCUCACAAAAUACCAGCAGCAGCAACAGCUCUACUCGGGGGACUCAGAAUCAGCUACGUUGUGAGCUCUGCGACGUGUCCUGUACGGGAGCAGAUGCGUAUGCUGCCCACAUCCGUGGUGCCAAGCAUCAGAAAGUGGUUAAAUUACAUACAAAGCUUGGUAAGCCAAUUCCAUCAACAGAACCAAAUGUGGUUAGCCAAGCUACUUCUUCAACAGCGAUAUCUGCUUCAAAACCAACUGCCUCUCCCUCAAGCAUUGCAGCAAACAAUUGUACUGUGAAUACUUCAUCAGUUGCAACCUCUUCAGGAAAAGGUCUUCCCACUACAGGAAACACAUCUCUUAACAGCACCUCUGGCAGUAAAGUAUCAGCAGUGCCUACAAAUAUGGCUGCCAAGAAGACAUCUACACCCAAAAUAAACUUUGUUGGUGGUAAUAAGCUGCAGUCAACAGGAAACAAAGCAGAAGACUUAAAAGGAACCGAAUGUGUUAAAAGUGCUCCUGUCACUUCUGCUGUGCAGAUUGCGGAAGUCAAGCCUGAUGCGGUGUCAGAGACAGUCACACCUGCGUCUCUUGCAGCGUUGCAGAGUGACGUGCAGCCAGUGGGCCAUGAUUAUGUGGAAGAGGUACGAAAUGAUGAAGGAAAAGUAAUUAGGUUCCAUUGUAAAUUAUGCGAGUGCAGCUUUAAUGACCCUAACGCGAAGGAGAUGCAUUUAAAAGGACGAAGACACAGACUUCAGUAUAAAAAAAAGGUAAAUCCAGAUUUGCAAGUGGAAGUGAAGCCCAGCAUUCGAGCAAGAAAGAUUCAAGAAGAGAAAAUGAGAAAGCAAAUGCAGAAAGAGGAGUAUUGGCGAAGAAGAGAAGAGGAGGAACGCUGGAGAAUGGAGAUGAGACGCUAUGAAGAGGACAUGUACUGGAGAAGAAUGGAAGAAGAGCAGCAUCACUGGGACGAUCGCCGCCGCAUGCCUGAUGGAGGCUAUCCGCAUGGUCCUCCCGGCCCAUUAGGCCUUCUGGGAGUCCGACCAGGCAUGCCUCCGCAGCCACAGGGGCCUGCGCCUUUACGUCGUCCUGACUCCUCUGAUGACCGUUAUGUAAUGACAAAGCAUGCAACCAUUUAUCCAACUGAGGAAGAGUUACAGGCAGUCCAGAAAAUUGUUUCUAUCACAGAACGUGCUCUGAAACUUGUUUCAGACAGCUUAUCUGAACAUGAAAAAAGCAAGAACAAGGAAGGAGACGAUAAGAAAGAGGGAGGUAAAGACAGAGCUUUGAAAGGAGUUUUGCGAGUGGGAGUAUUGGCAAAAGGAUUACUUCUCAGAGGAGAUAGAAAUGUACAUCUUGUUUUGCUUUGCUCAGAAAAACCUUCUAAGUCAUUAUUAAGCCGAAUUGCAGAAAACCUCCCCAAACAACUUGCUGUUAUAAGUCCUGAGAAGUAUGACAUAAAAUGUGCUGUAUCUGAAGCAGCAAUAAUUUUGAAUUCAUGUGUGGAACCCAAAAUGCAAGUCACUAUUACUCUGACAUCUCCAAUUAUUCGAGAAGAGAACAUGAGGGAAGGAGAUGUAACCUCGGGUAUGGUGAAAGACCCACCGGACGUCUUGGACAGGCAAAAAUGUCUUGACGCUCUGGCUGCUCUACGCCACGCUAAGUGGUUCCAGGCUCGCGCGAAUGGGCUGCAGUCCUGUGUGAUCAUCAUCCGCAUCCUCCGAGACCUGUGUCAGCGAGUCCCCACCUGGUCUGAUUUUCCAAGCUGGGCUAUGGAGCUGUUGGUAGAGAAGGCGAUCAGCAGCGCGUCGACCCCGCAGAGCCCUGGGGAUGCACUGCGAAGAGUGUUCGAGUGCAUUUCUUCAGGGAUUAUUCUUAAAGGUAGCCCUGGACUUCUCGAUCCCUGUGAGAAGGAUCCCUUUGACACCUUGGCAACCAUGACUGAGCAGCAACGUGAAGACAUCACAUCCAGUGCGCAGUUUGCUUUGAGACUCCUUGCAUUCCGCCAGAUACACAAAGUCUUAGGCAUGGAUCCAUUACCACAGAUGAACCAACGUUUUAACAUUCACAACAACAGGAAGCGAAGAAGGGAUAGUGAUGGUGUUGAUGGCUUUGAAGCCGAGGGGAAAAAAGAUAAAAAAGAUUAUGAUAACUUUUAAAAAGUUUCUGUAAUUCUUCAGUGUUAAAAACAGGUGCCCAUUUAUUGGCUGUUUUUCAUUCAUAAUAAUGUCUACUUUAAAAACUCAUGAAGAAUUUCAUGGAAGAACCAAGUUUUUCUAUGACAUUAAAAUCUUAUUGUACAGUGUUAGGUAUUAUAUGAAUGAAAAGACUCCAAAAGCGUGUACUCCUCCUCGGGUAAACGGUGGGUCAGAUUGUUUUCCUAUGAUUUGGUUUUAUUUACCGAUUGCCCUAGGUCUCCCUGUUUUUGUGUCUUUUGCUAACUAGUAUGUUGUCUUAUUCAGUCUUUACUGUAUUUAAUGCAGGAUUUGUGCUUCAGUUGCUUUGUGUAUUUUGAUAUUUUUAUUUAGAAGUUUUGUUUGCUUUUUUGACACUAGGUGUGAGUUAUUUUGUGUUAUAAAUAAUAUCCUCUCUCCCCCUCAGCCUCUUACAGCAGUGCGUUUUUUUGUAACGUGAGACUGCAGAUUUUUCCCCUUUUGUUCUCUGUAUGUGAAGGAUUACAACACUUACAGUUAUCCUGCCAUCUGAGUGCUCAGAGCUGGCUGUUUCUGGAGCUCUUGUGGCAUUUGUCUCUAGUGUGAUAUAUAAAAGUGUAAUUAAGACAGAUUUCUGUUAUGCUAAUCAAGUUUGCUGUUAGUUGUGCAUUAGCAGUAUAAAAGCUAAUAUAUAUAUAUACAAUAUGGUCUUGCAACAGUUUUAAAGCCUCUGCAUAAUUAAUAAAAAUGCAUGACAUUUUUGUUUUUAAUAGACUUUUAAAAUUAUAAUUUUAGGUUCAACUUAGAUCUUUGUACAGUUGACUUUUUGACAUAGCAAGGCCAAAAAUAACUUUCUGAAUAUUUUUUCUUCUGUAUAAGUGGAAAGGGCAUUUUUCACAUAAGUGGGCUAACCAAUAUUUUCAAAAGAACUUUAUCAUUGUGCAACUAACCACAGUAACUAGCCCUUAAUUAUGGUGACAGUUCUUUAUUGGUGUGUGAGAUAAUGUAGUAACAAUUACAGCAUAAUACAGUUGAAUGGUUCACACACAUCCCAUCACCCAGAUAACUUAUAUAGUUCUAUUAACAUUGAUGUUGAUAAAAGUAUUGAUAAAAAAAUUAAAAUUAAGGAAAAAAACCAGAAAAUUAUUUGAUGUGGCCAUCUUACAUGCCUAUGUCUCCUAAAAAAAGCUAAAUAUUCUAGCAGUGGUGUAAGGAGAAGUUACAUCUUACUGUUGAUGUAUGUAUGCUCUGGUACACAAAUGUCAUUUUGUUGUCACAGCACUACAGUGUAAUACAUAAAUAAAACAGUUAAAUUCA